CCCAAAGUUGCAAUGUUCCGCGGUGUGCAAUACCUUUGCCUGUCCCUCUUUGUCCGGUGGCGAAAGGCCAUUAUUAUUAUGGCAAAAUUUGCGUUUUUAAGCGAAAAUAAAUAAGUGUUGGAAGGAAACAGCAGAUAUACACUAGAGGUGGACCGGUUUACCUGCAAUGACUCAACAGGGCGUUUCUUUUUAAAGGACAGCAGAGCAACGGAGAAGGGUAUAGUUUGCUCUAAAAAGACUGCAAGCUGGCUAGCUAAUUUCACUAGCAUGCUAACGUUGGCUUGAAAGCUAAUGUUAGCAUGGUAAACACCAUAUUCCGAGUACACGCAGAUUGUUUUAAUUUAAGGGGGAUACAAUGAGAAACAAUGAUCGUAAUAGUUGAUUUAUUUUAUGCAUCCUGUUUUUGAAUAGCCAUUUACAUGCCACGGUUAUUCAGUGAAUUAUACAGUCUACCUAGCUACUCAAAUUGGAUAACGUGGCUAGCUAGUUAGCUGAACUUUGGCUAGCUGGUUAGCUGAGCAUUGGCUAGCUAGCUGGUGCUAGCUAGUCUAGCAGCCUCACAUCUGUUAGUAAUCAUCUCAGAAAGUGAGGAGGGGGUUUCUUCAACUUGCAUGCACUGAUUAACCGGCCAGGUAGCAAGCAACCCGUUUCUCGGGCAGCCGAACCUGUCUUGUGCCUACUAAAAUAUAUCCGUUUUAUAUAGCUUGUCUACUUGAGCUAGCGCUAUACAUUUUUGUGCAAUUUGUUGACCAAAUCCCGGCGUGACAGACAGCGUGGUGAAAAAUUUGCAGCUGGAAAGUACAUUUCGCAGACCUGGGCAGGCGAGAUAAUAGUUAAAAAUACGUUAUCCUUAUAAAGCCGUCGCUGCGAACGCCGAUACCUGCCCGGCUAUAGCCGUCAAGACUAUAGCUGUCGUCCUUUUUACCUUUUUUCUUGCACAUGAAGGGUGAUAUGCAAAAUCACCCACACUCUUAUUAGCUAAUGGCUACCGAAUCGGGGAGACUACUGGCGGGACAAGGUCAAGGAAAACGAGGCAAAGCCUCACAGAUGAAGAGCCCGGAGAAAAAGAAGCGGAAAUCGAACACUCAGGCGGCUGGGUUUUCCCAUCUCUCCGAGUUCGCCCCGCCUCCCACCCCCAUGGUGGAUCACCUGGUGGCCUCCAACCCGUUUGACGAUGAUUUUGGUCCCCCAUCUCGACCCGUCGGAGCAGGUGGCCCAGGCGGUUCUCCGUUUCUUCCCGGCCAGGGGGCGCCUGGAGGCGGUGGGUACGGGGGCGGCGGCAGGAUGGCUGGUGGAAUGGGCUUCAUGGGGGGGCCGGGUGGACCAGGUGGCGGGCAGCCCGGACGGCGGCCGCCUUUCGGCCCUCCAUCUAAUGCCGGACCUCAUCACCAACUGAGCUUCGGCGGGAUGCCUGGCUUUGGAGGAGGCGGGGGGGGCGGUCCCGGAGGUGGUGGAUUUCCACCAGGUGGCCCGUCCCAAUUCAAUAUGCCCCCCAACUUUAGUCCACCCAUGCACCCAGGGCCAGGUUUCAACCCCAUGCUGUCUCCAGGAGGAAUGGGGGGGCCAGGCGGAGGGGGCCCCCCGCACCCUCGGUUUGGCAUGCCCCAGCAGCAGCAGCAUGGGCCAGGCGGCCACCCGUUCAACAGUCCGCCGUUACCUGGUGGGGGAGGGCCAAGGGGACCCCCGCAUGGCCCCAUGAACCCCAUGGGGGGAAUGCCUCCUGGAAUGAACAUGAUGGGGGGCAUGGGUGGUGGCCCUGGUGGAAACAUGGGGGGAGGGCUGCCAGGUAUGCCCCCACAAGGACAGUUCCCUCCCUCACAAGACGGCCCAUACCCGGGUCCAAGCCCCCCAGGACCAGGGAACGAGGAGGGCAAGAACUUUGGAGGAGGUCCUCAACCUGGCCCGCAGCAGCAACCGCCUAACUUAAACCCGGGCGGCCCCCCUCCUAACAACACUACAGCCGGGCCUCUCCCGAACUCUGGUCCUCCGCAGCCCGGGGGAGGCUUCCCUGGCCAUCCGGAUGCCCCACAACCCAACCCCAACACGCCCGGCCAGCCUCCCUCUGCUUCCUCCCAGCCUAAUCCCAACUCGUCACCCACCGGCCCUCUGAAUGGCUCAGGCCAGCCCCAGCAUCCGCCACCCAAUCAGCUGCAGUCCAGUAAUCCCACUAACUCAAACAACUCCCAGCAGCAGCAACCACAAUCCACUCCUCCUAACUCCGGCCCAGGAUCCAGCCCUUACAUGCAACAGAACAACACUCCAGGUUCUGGGGGCCAGAUGGCCAACGCGCCCCCCAACUCAGCCCAAAACAGCAUGACCAACAAUGGAGGCAACACCCCCGGCAGCAACCCCAACCCCCCGUCCAACUCCACCUCGACCCCCAACACCCAGUCUCCCCUGCCCUCUGGCCCGGCGCCCCCUUCCACCGGUCCAGGCUCUGGCCCCGGCAAACUGGGGGGCCCCGGCAUGGUGUUUCCGUGCGGCUUCUGCCUAGCGGAGGUGCACGACGACCAGGAUGCCAUCUUGUGCGAGGCGUCGUGCCAGCGCUGGUUUCACCGGGACUGCACGGGCCUGACAGAACCCGCCUAUGGGCUGUUGACCCGGGAGAGUAAUGCCGUUUGGGCCUGUGACUUCUGCCUCAAGACCAAGGAGAUUCAGGCCGUGUACGUCCGCCAGGGCCUGGGCCAGCUAGUGGCGGCCAACGAGGGCUAAGGGCUAUGGAGACGGAAGACGCGUUGUACAGGAACGACGGUCAGCGAGGCAAAGAGACAGUAUUUGCUUGAAAUCGAUGCCGUCUGUAACAUAUGAGCUACGUGCUGAACCUUCUCUUCACUUGCCCUUUACUUGCUUGAUAUACAAAAAAAUAAUUUGUCCACAUCGUUGCUUAUCCAUAUACAGCACUUUUAGUGACCCUAGGCAAUUACCUGUUACCCUCGCUCCACAGCCAGUCAUACCAUGCAGUGAAUGUCAAAAGCCCACAAUCCUUUUUAGAUAUCUCCCAACCAGCAUAGCACUGACACCAACACACUACCUCGCAUACUUUGAGACUGACUAGUGAAGAAGCUCCUGUAUUAACAAGAGACUGACUCAGCCCGAACGAGUGUUGAUGCCUUUGUCACGUUCUAAAACACUAAGGCAAAUGAUAAGGGUGACGCCUUCACACAGUAAACCUAUGUUCUGUGAUUUCAAAGAGAUAUGCUCCUACACAUUUUUAGGAAAUAAGGUUUUUGAUAAAGUGUUUGACAACUGGUAAGGACUUUAGCUAUACCUAGUGUGACGCAUGCUUGUUUUAUCAGAAACAAUCAAAUUUGUUCACUUAAGCAGCCUAGGAAAGUCUUAAGGCUGAUAUACAGUCAAACUAACAUAGGCUAAUUCAUCUGAAAUACAUAAAUAGUGCAAAAUUACAAGUAGCAUUCUAGUGUCUAGUGCCCACAUAAAGCAGACAAUAAAAUAUUUCACUUUCCUUAUGUUUAACUUGACUAAGUGCUGAUUUUAUCCAAAGGAGACGCGACUUUACCCAUAAGCUCCAGAAAAUAACUGCCAUUUAAAAUGUUAACUUCAGCACAGAAGACAAGCCUGGACUAUGUGCCUGUCCAUUAUGAAAUGGGGAGACUAGUGAUGAACAAAGAUGAGAGUAUGAUUCUUUUUUUUUUGUUUUAACUACAUUGAGUCAACCAUAAGUAGUUUUUUUUAUAUCAGUCGAGACUACACACUAAUUGUGGAAUCAGUGCUUUUGGGUGGUGUUGGCAUAGAAAGUAGUGGCAUCAUGUUAUAACCGAUGUGCAAUGUUGUGCAUCAUAUUGUUUCUCUCUUUGAGUUGCAUGUGAACCAAUGCAGUAACUUGUCAUUUAUGUUGAGUGCUGGUCUCUGCUAGGGGCCUUGAAGUAGACCAAAUAACUAACAGGUGAAAAGUGUCCAUUUCCCCCCCCAACCAUUUCCGCUGUCACGGUCGACGAUGUUUGUAACUUUCUCCCUCUUUUUCUCUGUUCUUUCUUCAUUCGAUGUCCAAGUUGCCUUGUUUUCAGUUGAUCCCUUGUUUUGUACUGGUAUCUGUGCUGUUUGAUGUGCUCUCUGUCAACCUUUGGUAGAACCAAGGGGGAAAUCAGUGAACCUUAUGAGUUGGGGACGGGAGGAAAGGUACUGAACUCUGAAGUAAAGACUUGUUUUUUUACUUGUCCAUGUCUGUUUUAUUUUUCAUUGGUUGCUAAUUGUAUUAAAAUGUGGUCUUACCGACCCGCUAAAAGAG